CACAUUCGGUUGGAUGUCUGACUGAUGUGUGAUGUGGUCGUCCGUUCGGGAUACACUUGUCUGGAUUGUUAUUGUGUCGUCGGCAAACAUUUGAAAGUAAACUUUUACGAACGCCAGUUUAGUUGAGUACGAGACGAGCAACGCUGCGGUAACGGUUACGGAAAACGAAAAAGAAAAAACUAAAAGCUGAGAAAAUAAAAACAAAGAAAACUGUGUGACAUAAAGAAACCAAGAAAAAAAGAAAUAUUACCUAGAAUUAUAUGAUAAUGAUGUUGAUGAUGAGCCCGUAUUGAAGUAAGGCAGGAAAAUUGAUAUUGAAUACAACGACAGAAGUAAAUCAAAUGGGACUUGAAUAAUUUAUUUUCACUGCAAAUACACUGAAACCUAUAGGCAUUUGGUGGGUUCUUGAUGUUCGAUUCGAUUCCAUGUUCGACAAGAGAUAAGCAAAGACGCGCGCGAAUUUGCCCCCCAAAAAAGAAAGUCAGAAAAACAAAUAAGAAGAGUAGUGAUAACGACGAAAACAAUCGCAGAGAUAUCGGAAUCUACGACUCAAACAGGAGUAAAUAAAUAUUUGAUGCGAAAUUAUUUGUUCGAAGAUGCUUCAGGUGGAAUAACGGUAACUAUUUAAUAACAACAACAGCAACAAAUCACUGUUAUUCUUAUAGCCCCGUUGUUGUUGCAUUGCAAGUUUGUUCGUUCGUUCGCAACCAAGUGAAUCCAUGGAAAUGUAUUAGUGAGCAAAUGUGUGUGUCUGUGAGUGUGUGUUUUGACGGUUAAAACAUUCUAGCAUUGCAACGCAAUACCAAACGGAAAACGGAAGUGCUUCUUCGCCAGCUAUCAAUUUUGCUUCAUUGCAAUUUUUCGACUGUGUGUUGGUGUUGUUGGUAGUUAAGUUGGUACGCUGUUGUUAUUGUUGUCGAGUUGCAAUUUCACCGAUAUUUGAUUUUUUUCUCGUGUGUGUGCCUGUGUUUCCUUUCUUCUUUUGCUUUCUGCGAAUAUCAUAACCGUUAUUUGAUUUAUUAACAGUGAAACGAAUUUUCAUGUAAACAGCUCGGAACAAAGGGUUAACGCAAUUUGCAAUUUUUGCUUCUUUUUACGCGGAAAUUCUUUGGUAACGAAUCUGAGGGCUCACAAUUUUGUUUUUGGGAGAUUCUCAAACAAAAGGCGCAAACUGCUUGCUUGCUUCAGUGUUUGAUUUGCCUGCUCGCACGGAAACAUCCAAACAUACCUACAUCGAAAUUAAAUUAUAGUAAAUAGCGCUGCAUUUGUUUAGGUUUUUUUUCUGCAUCGUCGUGUUGAAAUCUGCCGGUCUGCUUUUUAUAUCGCCUUGCAAAUAGAGACAACACCUUUAUUUGGACAAAUCCUGCUUUAAAUUGUUUUCAAAUAUUGUCUUGAUUACAUUUAAGGCCUCUCAUCCACUCCAAAAAAAGAAAAGGAAUUCCAAAACGCACAGCCCAGAAGAUAAUCUCCAUGCUCUAGUGGAGCCACAAAAAGGCAGCCAGCCCGCCAGUCAGCCAUCAGGGCCAUUUAGCCGCAAUUAAUGCCAAAUCAAAUUUACUGUGAAAACAUUCAGCUGUUGUUGCACAAUUUGAGUUUUUAAUUAAAACUCAUGUGGAUCGCAAAGUUAAGCAAAUAUUUGUUUUGAAAUUUUGCAAAAGUUAAGACAGCCAGGCAGCCAUACGUUUUCCCGAAAGAAGCCAUAAAGAAACAUCCCAACACAGGGAAAUAUUUUUCGUUGGAGAGGAAAUAUAAAAACAUCCCUCAGAAAAGAGAGGGAGAGAAAGAGAGAGAGAGAAGGGGCAAAACCAAUUCCAGCGGAAAUGUUCAAAAGCAAAUGAUUUGAAAAUAUUGCUACAUCUUUUCCGACCUUCCAGAACGAGUUUCGGAAAAACAAAAGCCCUUUGCAGAACACCCCAGACCAAAACGGCACUCUACGGAUCUUUCACAGCAUACGAACAAAGGGCAGUUGCUAGAAUACCAUGGAAAAAUUAAAAACGCAUAAAUAUCACCUACGAAGGGCCACAACUCGAGCAGCUCACACACAACGACGCCUCGUACGCCACAUUAACCUAAAGAAUUAUGCAGCGUUCAUAAUUGCAACGAUAUUUGUUGUCAUUACGGCCUGUGUGAAAAGUGCACACCUAAAUGUCAACACACUGUCGUUGCAGUCGGCAACGGGGGGAGUGGCGCCCAACCUGCCAUCGUCGUCCAUAAGAGAUGGGGACGACUCGGCCACAUACUCAAUGCCAACAUCAAUACCGCCACCACCACCUGCAGCAAAUUCCAGCUCGUCGUUGCCAUCAUCAUCCUCAUCGGCGUCCUCAUCAUCCUUGUCCUUGUCAGAAUUAGAGCAAAUACCAUUAACAAUCCUGGAAUUACAGGAAUCGCCUGGGCAACAGCAUCCACAUCAGCAGCAGCCUGCGUACCAAAGUCAGCCACAGCAUUUGCCAUUGCUUGACACUGCAACAGCCACACGAAAUGCCUUAAAUACUGCCGCCAUAGAAGAUGAUGCCAACACAUUACGGCUCACACCUAAACAAGAUAAAACUCUCGACGAAGAGGAGGCCGAGGAAGAAGAGCAGCAGCAGCGGAAAGAGGAAGAUGAGUACUUUUCAUUACAAAAUAUUCAAAGUUCCAUAAAGGAAGGCCAGCGGCAACAACAACAACACCACCACCAAAGUCAUCCACAUUCCGGUCAUCAGUAUCGCCACAAACACCAUCAACAUCAACACCAGCAUCAACGUCGGCCACGUCCUCAACAUCACCAUGAAGAGCCGCCACAAGCUGAACAGCUGAAGUAUCAUAAUGAAAGCCCCGAACAUAAACAUAACCUACAUCAGCAGCAGCCUCCUCAUCAUCAUCAUCACCAGCACCAGCACCACCAUUAUCAGUCUCAACAGGAAUUUGUGGAACAGCAACAACAACAACAAUCGUCACUGCUCUCAGAGGAAGGUGUUGUUGACCAUAAUAAUCAGCCAUUGGCACAGGAUGAAAUUCCCAUCAUUACGGAACGCAACCACCACCCGCAUUACCCUCAUCAGGAGGCCCAGAAUAUUGGUGGCAAUGACAGAAAUUCUAAUCAAGCUCCAUGGAAUGGCCAUUCUUACCGCAGCCGCUUUUCCAUUGAGGAUUUGUUGCACACCAAAUUCGAGAAGAAGAUAUCGAAUGACAUCUACAUGGAUCCUUGCAAAGCGGGUGGCUUUAUGGGAGACAUUGCUUUGCCCGACAUGGAGUAUGAUGAUGGAUAUCCUUUGGUGGCCUAUACCCAAAUGUGGGAGGAGCCCAUGCAAGCGGAUGCUCCCAUCAAUGAUGCACCCAGUAAAUACAACGAAACAUUCCAAAAGGAAAUGGAAAUAUUAAAACAAGAGGUCUACAACGAGGGUUUGCAGGUGGAAGAGGAGGGUCUCACCGAUAUUAUACGGCGGAAAACCAAGUUGCCGAGCAAUAAACCGGAUUUGAAUAAUGAUAAUUCAGAGUCCUUUGCCAAUGAAUUAUUGAAACCCAAAACGCAUCCCAGCUAUGAAAAUAUAAACUACAAAAAUGAUGUCAUCAGCUCGGAGGACCAUGAGCCCCGAAAAUAUUCCAUAAACAUACCCAGCAAAUUUAGUGCAAUGGGAAAAGAUGACCUGCUGACGGAGAAACCAGAUAAAACCUUCAACACUUCCCUGGAGAAACUGGAAAAUAUUCUAACCAACGGUAAUGAAAAGUCACAAAUCGAAGAGGAGAAAUACAACAAAUCGUCGGUGGGUUUAGGCAAUCGUAAUGUGGAUCAACGUAAAAUCCAAUCGAAUACCAAAGACAUCGAAUUGGAUACUGGCAAUAAUUUCGUUUCGGAACGUAAGGUUGUCAUUUUGCCAACAGCUGUGCCGGCCCAACGUUCCACGUUGCCCAAUGUCUAUAGCAAUGCUGGCGGCAAUGGCAUGAAAUUGGAUGAUAUACAAGAGUUGAAGGGUAGCAGUACCAUUAUUAAGCGUAGAAAUAGGAGGGGGAGGAAAAAUAGACGCAGCAAUACCAACAGCAGAUCCGAUUACAACCUUCGCAUGCAACAGCUGAGAGAGGAACUAACUCGCCCGGUGGGCGAGGAGAAGAAACCCCAUCAUCGCCAACAUCACAGUCAUCAACAUCAUCUCGUCACAAAACCGGAACAGAAACAUCAUCGCCAAGAACACGAUUCCAUUAAAAAAUACUCUGAGAAAAUAUCGAAUAAUUUUACCGACAAUGAAUCCCUUAACGAGGAAAUGAGAUAUUCGAAGUUGAGCGAUAUAUUUUUGGAUAUGGAUUCUGAACCGGAACGAAAGCACAAGCCAAAUAUUGUACCCGCUUAUGAGGCUGAGGAAGAGGACGAAUUUAGUUUUGUGCGUGAACAUCGUCGCCUGCCACGCGCCGUUACAGCCAAAAAGGAACGUGUCUGGGACUAUGGUGUGAUACCCUAUGAAAUCGAUGGCAACUUUAGUGGUCUGCACAAGGCUCUGUUCAAGCAGGCCAUGCGUCACUGGGAGAACUCGACAUGCAUUAAGUUUGUGGAACGGGAGCCGGAAUUGCAUCCAAACUAUAUUGUUUUUACCAUACGAGGAUGUGGCUGCUGCUCCUUUGUUGGCAAACGUGGCAAUGGACCACAGGCCAUUUCCAUUGGCCGCAACUGUGAUAAAUUUGGCAUUGUUGUCCACGAACUCGGCCAUGUUGUGGGCUUUUGGCAUGAACACACCCGACCGGAUCGCGAGAAACAUGUUAUCAUCGAACACAACAACAUCAUGAAGGGUCAGGACUACAAUUUCAAUAAAUUAACACCGGACGAAGUGGACUCCUUGGGCAUGGCCUAUGACUACGACUCGAUUAUGCACUACGCCCGCAAUACCUUCUCCAAGGGGACGUAUUUGGACACCAUUUUGCCCAUAGAGGUGAAGGGACGCAAGCGGCCGGAAAUUGGUCAGCGUUUGCGUCUGAGUGUGGGCGACAUUGCCCAGGCCAAUUUGCUGUAUAAAUGUCCGAAAUGCGGUCGGACAUUUCAAGAUAACACUGGCAUCUUUGCCAGUCCCUCGUAUCAUACGGCCGGGGCGCUGACCAACGAGACGGAACAUUGUGAGUGGCGCAUAACGGCCACACAUGGCGAGCGAGUGGUUUUGAAAUUGGAGAAUUUGAAUAUUUUCAAAUCGGAAAAUUGCCAAUCGGAUUAUUUGGAAAUUCGAGAUGGUUACUGGCAUCAAUCACCUUUAAUAGCUCGUUUUUGUGGCAAAGUCAGUAGUGAAAUAUUAAAAACGGUUUCCAGCCGCAUGUUGCUGACCUAUGUCAACACGCAUCGAGCCGAGGGCUAUCGCGGAUUUAAGGCCGAAUUUGAUGUCGUCUGUGGCGGUGAGCUGAACAUCGAUGACAAUGAAGGACGUUUGGAGUCGCCCAACUACCCCCUGGAAUAUUUACCCAACAAGGAAUGCAUUUGGAAAAUUACGGUACCCAAAGGCUAUCAAGUGGCCUUGAAAUUCCAAUCAUUCGAAGUGGAAAAUCAUGACAGCUGUGUCUAUGACUUUGUUGAAGUAAGGGAUGGACCGACACAGGAAUCUCCUCUAAUUGGGGUGUUCUGUGGCUAUAAACCACCACCAAAUAUGAAAUCCACCGGCGACACCAUGUUUGUGAAAUUCGUUUCCGACACCUCGGUCCAGAAGCCCGGUUUCUCGGCCACCUUCAUGAAAGAGGUGGACGAGUGUGAGACACAAAAUCAUGGCUGCGAGCAUGAAUGCAUUAACACGCUCGGUGGCUAUGAGUGUGCCUGUCACAUUGGCUAUGAGCUGCACAGCGACAAGAAGCAUUGCGAAGAUGCAUGUGGUGGUGUCAUUGAAUACCCGAACGGCACCAUCACCUCACCCUCAUUUCCCGACAAAUAUCCCUUCUUGAAGGAUUGCAUCUGGGAGAUUAUUGCACCACCCAAACAUAAAAUCUCUUUGAAUUUCACCCAUUUCGAUUUGGAGGGAGCCACCCAUCAUCAGUCCGAGUGUGGCUAUGACAAGGUGACCAUUUAUUCUAAACUCAGUGAGAAUAAAUUGAAAAAGAUUGGCACCUAUUGUGGCAGCUCAAUACCGCCCACGGCCACCUCGGAGGGUAAUGCGUUGCGUGUCGAAUUCCAUUCGGACAAAUCAAUACAAAAGUCGGGAUUUGCGGCGGUCUUCUUCACCGACAUCGAUGAGUGUUCGAUUAACAAUGGCGGGUGUCAGCACGAGUGUCGCAACACCAUCGGUUCGUAUGUGUGUUCGUGUCACAAUGGCUAUUCGCUGCACGAGAAUGGUCAUGACUGCAAGGAGGGCGAAUGUAAACAUGAGAUUUCGGCACCAUUUGGCACAAUCUACAGUCCCAACUAUCCGGAUUUGUAUCCACCCAAUGCCGAUUGUGUGUGGCAUUUUUCGACAACGCCAGGGCAUCGCAUUAAAUUGAUAUUCAAUGAAUUCAAAGUGGAAUCGCAUCAGGAAUGUGCCUAUGACAAUGUGGCAAUUUAUGAUGGCGAUUCGGAGAGCAGUUCCCUGCUGGGUCGUUUCUGUGGCGAGAAAAUACCCUACCCCAUUUCCUCGUCCACAAAUCAGCUAUAUAUGGUACUUAAAACGGAUAAGAAUAAACAGCAUAGUGGUUUCACGGCGGUCCAUUCAACAUCUUGUGGCGGUUAUUUACGUGCCACAAAUCAAAUCCAACAAUUCUACUCCCAUUCGAGAUUUGGCAAUUUGAACUACGAGACCAACAUGGACUGCGAAUGGACAAUCCAGGCACCGCCCAAUAGCUAUGUUAAUUUGAUAUUUUUGACAUUCGAUCUGGAGAGCAGCGAGAAUUGUACCUAUGACUAUGUCCAGGUGUUUUCGGGCAUGGAAGAUACCAGCGGACCAAUGUAUGGACAAUAUUGUGGCAAUACGAUACCUCAAGACAUUAUAUCGCUAACCGAUUCUCUGUUGGUACGUUUCAAAACCGACAGCAGUGUUGAUUACAAAGGUUUCUCCGCCUCCUAUGUGGCUGUAAAUCCCUUCGACAAUAGCGAGGAAGACGAGGAAGAAGGCAACUCAUACAGUGCCGAAAUCGCCACCGCCUUUCCGGGUGCGCUGAGACCCAUCUACAAAGAGGACAUCAGCAAGGAGACAGACGACUACAAUGAAUUCAAUGAAAAUCAACUGCUCAUCAAUAAUCAAUACUACGGACGCAAUCGAUAUCAAAAUAGAUAUUAAAAAGCAAAAACAAAACAUGAUUCGUAUCCAAUGGAGGAUACAACCUUAGCCAUAUAACAUCGUAAAUGUAAUUUUAAGUAAGAAAAAAUAUUGCUCUGUUCCAGAAACUGCAAGAAUAUUGGAUACGAUUUUGCAAUAUUUUCGAUAUAAGAAAGUAAAAAUUGGUUAUCGUAGGAAGAAAAAAUUACAUCGUUACAGUUCUGGAGCAGAGCAUAUUUUUAAAAAAUUAAAAAAAACAAAACAAAAACACACACUUUGACAAUAUAUAAAUGACUUUCAUUGAGAUUGUUUAUCAUGCAUUUUUUAACGAAUACCAAAAACUAAUUUAGAUCAUAAAUGAAAAAAGAAAAAAAACAACAACAAAACAAAAAAGAGACAAUUUAAACAUAUUAAUUUACAUACUCUUACAUAUAAAGUACAUACAUAUUUUAACAUUAAGCAUAUCAUCUUAGUAGAAGAGGAAACCCUGGACCGAUGACCACUACAGACCGACACAACUUUUCGACCUUAGAGUUCGUUUUUUGGGCUAAAUGUUAUUAGACAUUAAGAGAGAAUGGAAAACAAAAACUUUGAACUGAUAAACAAUAAAAGUUUAAAAGCGAUCUGUUUCUUAUACAUGUGUACGUACAUUUACAUAUACACUAAAUAAUACAUACAUAUACCCUGAAAGAGACAUUAUGAAUAAAAACAAACUAUACAAUAAGAUUUUUAAUAUUUUUUAGUUUAUAAUUAUAAUACGAUUUACUUAAAACCAAAAAACAAAUAAAUUUCUUUAUUUACAAAAUUUUAUUCUGAUUUGACUAUUUUUUUUUUUUAAUAAAGCGCUUUCAUUAUUUUUUUGUGUUAUACAUUCUUUUUCUAGUUAAUCAGACAAAAAAAACGAAGUUUAUGGAUAAAAAGAUAUAUUCAAGAGGGAAAUUUCCUGUUGUCAGAGUCUAGGCCAGAAUGUAUUAUUCCUACAAUGUUAUUCAAAUAUAUGCAUCUUUCUGUUAAAACCAUUACUGUACCCUUCAUUUUUGGAAAUCUUCGAAGUACUCGUAGAAAAACCAUAAAAGCACGGUACCGCCCACGUUAUGUAAUUUUGAAGACGUUUACUGCGUUCUUCAACCGAAUUACUGGAAUUUGCAGUUUGAAAAAAAAAAUAUAUAUUGAAUUCGGAUAUUUUAGUUAUAAAUUGGUUGAAGGGUAUUAAAAAAUUCGUUCCCUAUUGAAAAUUGUCAGCCAAUUCUUAAAAAAACAGUAAGGAAAGGCCCAAAGUCAGGCGGGGCUGACUUUAUGAUACCCUACAUCAAUUUGUAGAUUUAGUAGAGCUACCCAUAACAACCCAUAAAUAUAAUUUAGAGCCGAAAGAACUAUUAUAUGGUAGAAUAUCCUGCUCUUAACCGAUUUCCACAAAAUAUGACGGACUAAACCCAUAUACAUGAAAAUCUUCCUUAUGUGAGCUGAUAUUACAAUUUGUAGACACAAUAAGCGUAAAAUUAGAUGAAGAUAUUAUGGAAGCUAUAUCCAAAUCUGAAGCGAUCUCUAUAAAAAUAGCAGAGGUAUUUCUAUGUUGAAUCUAUCUGAUAGCUGGGGCCAAAGAUCGUUGUUGUGGAAAGAAUUUUACAGGUGUGAGUUACUUUAGUACAAAAUCGGAUGAAACAUAUAUUUGGGAGCUGUAGCUACAUCUAAACCGAUGUUUACCAAAUUUUAUCAUUCGUCCAGGCUAAAUUCGUUCGUCCGUGACAAAAUACAUUCAAUUCCGACGUAUAUUAACAAUCUGGUCUGCAAUAAACUUGAAAUCGAAUACGGACAUAUAUGGGAGCUAUAUCCAAAUCUGAACCGAUCUCUAUUACAAUUAGCAUUACAUUGAGGUAUUUGUGGAAAUGAUUUUACAGGUAUGAGGGACUUUAGUACAAAAUCGGAUAAAGCAUAUUCACGGGACCUUUGGCUACAUCUGAACCGAUUUGUAUCAAAUUUGAUACAUUUUCUUCCAGGCUGAAUUCGUUCGUCCGUGACAAAAUCCAUUCAAUUCGGACAUAUAUUUGCAAUAAACUUGAAAUCGAGUAAAGAUACAUAUGGUAGCUAUAUCCAAAUAUGACUCGAAGUCGAUAAAAUUUGACAAAGGUAUUUCUGAGCUAUAUUUGAUACAUUUCCCCGAAUAUCAUUGUUACGGAGUGCAUAUUACGGCUGUGAAGGACAAAAAUAACAAAUCGGAUGAACAAUAUAUAUGGGAGCUAUAGCUAUACCUGGACCGAUUUUCACUAAAUUGUACAUACUUGCUUCUAGGCUCAAUUGGGUGGUAUGUGCUAAAUUCCAUCCGAUUUGGUCAAUUAUUACACAUUGGGUGCAAAAUAAAGGGCAAAUUGGACGAAGAUAUAUAUUUGAGCUAUAUUCAAAUUUCGACCGAUUAUCUCCAAUUUCAAUAGGGUUCGUCCUUGGGCCAAACAUUCGGACAAUAAAUACGACCUGUACUUUAUUUACUAGGGUAUCGAAAUUAAUUGAUCUUUUCACACCGGAACUUGCGUUAGUAAAAAUAUUGCGAUACAUAAAAUUUGAAGAGAUAUGAAUGCUUAUUUCGCAUUUUAUGAGAGGUAUAAUUAUUCAAAAUUUCGACCAAUUUUGGGAGAGGUACCCGAAGGAGUCGUCUGACAUAUUCCAUCUUCCUACCUGGUUUUGUGGUCAUAGAAAUAUUGGGAUAUGUGAAAUUUCAAAAGAAUAUGAUGUUUAUUUCCCAUUUUACGAGAGCUUUAUCUAUUCGCAACUUUGACCCGUUUUGGGGAGGUAGCAGAAGAAGUGGACCUAGCACUGACAUAAAUAUUAAAAAUUGCAAAGUUUACAAACAAUCGUAAAUUUUUCUCUGUCUAUGUUGCCCAUCUCUGGACUCGAUGUGAUUUUGACAAUAAUAUCCAAGUACCAAGUUUGGACCAAAUCGGAUACUCCCUUCGAGAGUUAUUGUUCGCACCAGCCAGCCAGACAGACAAACAAACGGGCGGAUGUACAGACGUAAUCACACCCCUUGAUCGACUCAAUAUGAUGGAUUUGGUCCAAAGAUACGUAGGGUCUACAACCGUUAUUUCGAUAAGGCAUUUUCUUGGACGUAUCAAAUGAUAUUUACCCUCUAUAACCAUAUGGCUGUCGGUAUAAAAAGGAAUGGAGCGAUAUUUUCAAUCCGAUAUUAAAAUCGUGACCAAAUCAUAUACUCCUCUUGAUAUUUAUUGUGCCCACAAACAGACAGACGGACUGGCAUGGCAAGAUCGACUACAGAUAUCCAAAAUAUAAAGGUAGUCGGCCGUUACUACAAGUUUUGCCGGAACUAUGUUUAAUUUAAUUAUUACUACGUGUGAUGUUCGAAUUAUAUAUCCGAUACUUUGGGAAUCAAGUGAGGAGGUUCCAGGUAUAAAAAGGUAUUCCUCCUAUGCCCGUUAAUUUUAUUUCCACAAAAAAAAAGGUUUUUUUGGUAACCCCAAAUUCCAGUGAGAGUGAGAGCGAGUGAAGAGAACAAUUUUGACACUUGAGUUGCUGAGAGUUAGCAAAUUGUUGCUGGGAAAUUUUAUAACUCCUCGAAACACUAAUGUUCGAUCCAACAAAAAAUAAAAUCAAAGUCGAUUUAGCGAUGUCCGUCUGUUUUAAUCACUCUAUUUGCGGAAUGUGUAUUUUGCCAGUAGGUAGGUUCGUCAAGGACCCAUGUCGGUUCACUUUUUCGUAUAGCCACCAUAUAACGAUGCCGCCAGCCAUUCGGUAUUUUUAUAUUAUUAGCGACAUUAUUCACUGGAAUUGUUUCUUAUUUUGUAUGUGAAUUCGGAAUAGCUACUACUGCCUAGGACAAAAAAUUACUUAUAGCCGGAAUAGAACGGGUUUCAUUUGAGCCGUAUUUUUCGACUGAUUUUUUUGAAAAUUCCUCCUGAGGGUAUUAAAAGUUCGAUCCGGCCGAACAUAGCUUUUUUACAUUUUAUUCGCUAUGACAAACAAAAAUUCUUCUCUGAAAAUAAUUUCUAUUUGUAAUGAAAAACAAUCGCAAUUCGUGGCGUUUUGAUAAGAUUUAAAGUUUUAACAUAUUCUGAGAACUAUAGCAGAAUUUUAUGACAUAAAGUUUAAAGCAUUUCGUUUAAAAUGUAUUUUAACAAAAACAUAAAAAAGGACCAAACAUAGUUCUUUGGUGACUCGCUGGAGGAUUAUGAUAUUCGAUCAAUAUUAUUACCUUAACUCCUGUACUCCUCGAUGUUUAGGUUAUCAAUGGAUUUGAAAUAAAAACAAAUUAGGGCCGAUACCAUGCAAUUCUCGAAUAUUUCCGAUACUAUUCUCUCAGAUCUUUUUUUUUCAUAUGCCCACUCAACCCAAGUUCAAUUUGGUAUAAUCGCAAUUUGUUAUAUUAAAUAGUUUUUUUCCCUUAAAUUUCAUUAAUAAAAUAUUUAAAUAACCAAUUUGUUAUUAUAGUUCAAAAAGUUUAGAUGAAAUAAAAUCAUAUUCAAAAAGACAAAUUCAUAUUUAUAUCUAAAUCGAAGAGUUCAAUAACAAAACCGACAAAAAUAAAUAUACCUAAAUACAUACAUAUAUCAUGGAUCAACUUCAAAUAAAACAUACAAACAUACAUAGAAACGUAUACAUACACAUCACAUACAUUGCAAUGGAAAACAAUAAUUAGAUUCUAAGAAAUACAUACGUACAUAAUACAUUCGAAUAUACUCAAUGCAAUUUAUUAUUAGACAAACAUAUAUUUAAAGAAAAAUAUAACUUUAUUUCGAAUACUUCAAAUUAGAAUUUAUUUUUCUCCCUUUUGAAGUAACAAAACUAAUUGAAACGAAAGAGGAAGAGGGGAAGAAAAAC